CUCUCCGCAAGCUUUUAUUGCCUUUCACCCACAGAGAUCUCGCGAGACUUUCCGGUCCUCCCGCCUCCGCGCCAAUGCGCCUGCGCAGAUCUUUCAGCUCAGAAGGCUGCGCUUGGAGGAAGUGGCUGCUCGGGUCCGGUGACCGAGCCGCCGUUACUACGUUUCAGAAGCUCUUCUCGGCCGCUCGCCGGCACACUCUGCCGCCAAGAUGCCUCGAAUUAUGAUCAAAGGGGGCGUGUGGCGGAAUACCGAGGAUGAAAUUCUGAAAGCAGCGGUAAUGAAAUAUGGGAAAAAUCAGUGGUCUAGGAUUGCCUCUCUGCUGCAUAGGAAAUCAGCAAAGCAGUGCAAAGCCAGAUGGUAUGAGUGGCUGGAUCCGAGCAUCAAGAAGACAGAGUGGUCCAGAGAAGAGGAGGAGAAACUGUUGCACUUGGCUAAAUUGAUGCCAACUCAGUGGAGGACCAUUGCACCAAUCAUUGGAAGAACAGCAGCCCAGUGCUUGGAGCACUAUGAAUUUCUCCUGGACAAAACUGCCCAAAGAGAUAAUGAAGAGGAAACCACAGAUGAUCCACGGAAACUUAAACCUGGAGAAAUAGACCCGAAUCCAGAGACAAAACCAGCACGGCCUGAUCCAAUUGAUAUGGACGAGGAUGAACUUGAGAUGCUUUCUGAAGCUAGAGCCCGCCUGGCUAAUACCCAGGGUAAGAAGGCCAAGAGGAAAGCCAGAGAGAAACAGUUAGAAGAAGCAAGGCGUCUUGCUGCCCUCCAGAAACGAAGAGAACUUCGAGCAGCUGGCAUAGAAAUUCAAAAGAAAAGAAAGAAGAAGAGAGGAGUUGAUUAUAACGCUGAAAUCCCAUUUGAAAAGAAGCCUGCCCUUGGCUUUUAUGACACUUCUGAGGAAAACUACCAGGCCCUGGAUGCAGAUUUCAGGAAAUUAAGACAACAGGACCUUGAUGGAGAGCUGAGAUCUGAAAAAGAAGGGAGAGAUAGAAAAAAAGACAAACAACAUUUGAAGCGGAAAAAGGAAUCUGAUUUACCAUCAGCUAUUCUCCAAACUAGUGGUGUUUCUGAAUUUACUAAAAAGAGAAGCAAACUGGUGCUUCCUGCUCCUCAGAUUUCAGAUGCCGAACUCCAGGAAGUGGUUAAAGUGGGCCAAGCCAGUGAAAUCGCCCGGCAGACUGCCGAGGAGUCUGGCAUCACAAACUCUGCUUCCAGUACUCUCCUGUCUGAGUACAAUGUCACCAACAACAGCAUUGCCCUUAGGACACCGCGGACACCAGCCUCCCAGGACAGGAUCCUGCAGGAAGCCCAGAACCUCAUGGCCUUGACCAACGUGGACACCCCAUUAAAAGGAGGACUCAACACUCCGUUGCAUGAGAGUGACUUCUCAGGUGUGACUCCACAGCGGCAAGUUGUUCAGACCCCAAACACGGUUCUGUCUACCCCGUUCAGGACUCCUUCUAAUGGAGCAGAAGGGCUGACUCCCCGGAGUGGGACAACUCCCAAACCAGUGGUUAACUCUACCCCGGGUAGAACUCCACUUAGAGAUAAAUUAAACAUCAAUCCUGAGGAUGGGAUGGCAGAUUACAAUGAUCCCUCUUAUGUGAAGCAGAUGGAAAGAGAAUCUCGUGAACAUCUCCGUUUAGGGUUGAUGGGCCUUCCUGCCCCCAAGAACGAUUUUGAAAUUGUUCUACCAGAAAAUGCUGAGAAGGAGCUCGAAGAGCGUGAAGUGGAUGACACGUACAUUGAAGAUGCUGCUGAUGUGGAUGCACGAAAGCAGGCCAUACGUGAGGCAGAACGUGUGAAGGAGAUGAAACGAAUGCACAAAGCUGUUCAGAAAGAUCUGCCAAGACCAUCUGAAGUAAAUGAAACUAUUCUAAGACCAUUAAAUGUAGAACCACCUCUAACAGAUUUACAGAAAAGUGAAGAAUUAAUCAAAAAAGAAAUGAUUACAAUGCUUCAUUAUGACCUUCUACAUCACCCCUAUGAACCUUCUGGAAAUAAGAAAGGAAAAACCAUAGGAUUCGGUACCAAUAACUCAGAGCACAUCACCUAUCUGGAACAUAAUCCUUAUGAAAAGUUCAGCAAAGAAGAGCUGAAAAAGGCCCAGGACAUUCUGGUGCAGGAGAUGGAAGUGGUCAAACAAGGAAUGAGCCAUGGUGAACUCUCCAGUGAAGCUUAUAACCAGGUGUGGGAAGAAUGCUACAGUCAAGUUUUGUAUCUUCCUGGGCAGAGCCGCUACACACGUGCCAAUCUAGCUAGCAAAAAGGACCGGAUUGAAUCGCUUGAAAAAAGGCUGGAGAUAAACAGGGGUCACAUGACGACAGAAGCCAAGAGGGCGGCAAAGAUGGAAAAGAAGAUGAAAAUUUUGCUUGGGGGCUACCAGUCGCGUGCCAUGGGGCUCAUGAAGCAGCUGAAUGAUCUGUGGGACCAGAUUGAGCAGGCGCACUUGGAGCUGCGCACUUUUGAAGAACUCAAGAAACAUGAAGAUUCUGCCAUUCCCCGGAGGCUGGAGUGUCUAAAAGAAGAUGUGCAGAGACAGCAGGAAAGAGAGAAGGAGCUUCAGCAGAGAUAUGCUGAUUUACUGCUGGAGAAGGAGACCCUAGAGUCAAAGUUCUGAAAUGCAGCGUCCAUCCUGUCACAGCACCACUGUCCCUGCAGACAGAUGCCACCCAUCCUUUGUGUGUCCUGCAGAGCCGUGCACCUCGUCAGCACCCGCCCGGCCUGUGUGGGGACUGCUGAGCCCUCCUGGGAGGUGCUCCAUACACGAGGCAUUCCGUGCACGGCGGCGCUGGUUCUGAAAGCUGCAUUCAAGUCUCAGUGACUUAGAUUGGAAAGUGAACCUGAUCAAGAGAAACUGGACAUAGUGCUGAAAUUCUAAUGAAUAAAGUUAAAGAAAAAAUACAUUGCAGUGGCUCUGGAUUUGAGCUGCCCAGCGCCCCUUCCCAGGAGUCACGAGUCCGUGAACGUGACCUCCGGCUGGUGUUGCAGGAUUUGGCUUGUCUGUCUUAAUGUUAUGUAGAAGUUUACAUUUUCAUAUGAGUGGAGCCGUCUUUCCGGCUAUUGUACAAAUUGUAACAUUGGGAUUUUGCAAGCUCCACAAAGUAAAUGGAAUGACUGUGUAUUUUUCUGUACACUAAGCAGUUAUUGUAAGGGGGCUGGUUUGUUCCAUGAAAGACUGAAAGGUUGUGCUUGUAAAACUUUCAGGUUUAGAGCUCUGUUUGGAAAUGAUUUGAUAAUUAUCAACUUCUUUCAUGACUUACCCAUUUUUAAACUUUAAGAUUUUGUUUUAAAAUGUGUUUCUCAUUUUAUUAUUUACUAAAUUUAAGUAUGUAAUUUGUAUUCUAGUAUUUUUAUCUUGUUGAAAUUUAAUUUUCAUAGAAAAUUGUAGUAAAAAUUUUCAGUUAAAUUUUCCAUAUUUGAAACUUACUUUGUUCUAGCUCUACCAUUUUUUAUUUUUUGAUUACUCUUGUUAAAAGUUCUUCCCACCAGAAAACUAGUAUCUUACCAAUUAUGAUUCUUUUUGUGUGAUUUAAAAUAAUAAUCUUUACUUUCUUUGUGUGUGUGUAUUUAGUACAGAGU